GCGUCGGUUGAAUACUUAAAGACACCAUGCGGAUUUGUAGAAUAACAAUAUAUUCCCUGCUCCUCGGACUCGGUGCGGCUCAGAUCUGUAAUAUUAUUGUUACUAGGAAAAAUAAAGGAACUGCUGUGAACGUUCAAACGAAGGAUUGCUGCAAGGGUUACAAAAAAGUAAGGAGCUCCCCACUCAGAUGUCUUGCACAAUGCAAAGUGAAUUGCGUAAGUGGCUUUUGCACGAAACCAAAUGUCUGCACCUGCCGGAAAGGAUAUGUCAACCUAAAUAACGAUCCAUCUAACCGAUGUGUGCCCUACUGCAAGGGCUGCAGUCGAGGAACCUGCCAAUCUCCUGGCCGCUGUAUCUGUUCCGCGCGCCAUCUGCUGGACAAAAAGACAAACAACUGCAUACCCCAAUGUGCCAGUGGUUGUCCCAAUGGGACUUGUAUAACACCCAACCAAUGUAGUUGCAAUAAAGGAUACCAGCUGAAUGCAACCACUCAGGUGUGUCUGCCAACAUGCAAGGAUAACUGCAAGGCAGCCAAUGGCUUCUGUGCGGCUCCGAAUCGCUGCGAGUGCAAUCCAGGUUUCAUUCCCAAGCCAAAGUCCAAAUCGUUUGAGUGUCAGCCGAAAUGCAAAAAUGGCUGUAGCAACGGAGUUUGCCGGGCUCCCGACAAAUGCGAGUGCAACAAAUUCUACAAAAAGGACAUCGAUGGGAACUGCGCUCCAGUCUGCGAAGACGGAUGCGUGAAUGGAAACUGCACUGCCCCGGACGUCUGUCAAUGUCUGCCGGGAUAUACGAAAAUAGGGCACAAUGUCUGCUUGGCCGUUUGUCCCGAUGGUUGCCAGAACGGAGUCUGCGUGGCGCCCAACGAGUGCUCCUGCAAUGCCGGAUACACGAAGCUGGAAGGUGUCUGCACUCCUGUUUGCACGGAUGGAUGCGUGAACGGAUUCUGUGCUUCUCCAGAAAAGUGUUCCUGCAAUGAUGGAUACGAAAUGGACAGUGAAAACGGAUGUUCUCCAAUUUGCCCAGGUGGAUGCAAGAACGGUUUCUGUGUUGCCCCAGGAAAGUGUUCCUGUUAUGAAGGAUACAGCAUGGAAACAGAAAACAGUUGUAAACCAAUUUGCUCAGAAGGAUGUGAGAACGGAUUCUGUGAUGCCCCAGAAAAGUGUUCCUGCCAUGAUGGAUAUGAAAUGGACGGUGAAAACAGAUGUUCUCCAGUUUGCUCAGGUGGAUGCAAGAACGGAUUCUGUGUUGCCCCAGGAAAGUGUUCCUGUUAUGAAGGAUACAGCAUGGAAACAGAAAACAGUUGUACACCAAUUUGCUCCAGAGGAUGUGAGAACGGAUUCUGUGAUGCUCCAGAAGAGUGUUCCUGCAAUGACGGAUAUGAAAUGGACAGUGAGAACAGAUGUUCUCCAGUUUGCUCAGGUGGAUGCAAGAACGGAUUCUGUGUUGCCCCAGGAAAGUGUUCCUGUUAUGAAGGAUACAGCAUGGAAACAGAAAACAGUUGUACACCAAUUUGCUCCAGAGGAUGUGAGAACGGAUUCUGUGAUGCUCCAGAAAAGUGCUCCUGCUAUGAUGGAUAUGCAAUGGACGGUGAAAACAUAUGUUCUCCAAUUUGCCCAGGUGGAUGCAAGAACGGAUUCUGUGUUGCCCCAGGAAAGUGUUCCUGUUAUGAAGGAUACAGCAUGGAAACAGAUAACAGUUGUAAACCAAUUUGCUCAGAAGGAUGUGAGAAUGGAUUCUGUGAUGCCCCAGAAAAGUGUUCCUGCUAUGAUGGAUAUGAAAUGGACGGUGAAAACAGAUGUUCUCCAGUUUGCCCAGGUGGAUGCAAGAACGGUUUCUGUGUUGCCCCAGGAAAGUGUUCCUGUUAUGAAGGAUACAGCAUGGAAACAGAAAACAGUUGUAAACCAAUUUGCUCAGAAGGAUGUGAGAACGGAUUCUGUGAUGCCCCAGAAAAGUGUUCCUGCCAUGAUGGAUAUGAAAUGGACGGUGAAAACAGAUGUUCUCCAGUUUGCUCAGGUGGAUGCAAGAACGGAUUCUGUGUUGCCCCAGGAAAGUGUUCCUGUUAUGAAGGAUACAGCAUGGAAACAGAAAACAGUUGUAAACCAAUUUGCUCAGAAGGAUGUGAGAACGGAUUCUGUGCUUCUCCAGAAAAGUGCUCCUGCUAUGAUGGAUAUGAAAUGGACAGUGAAAACAGAUGUUCUCCAGUUUGCUCAGGUGGAUGCAAGAACGGAUUCUGUGUUGCCCCAGGAAAGUGUUCCUGUGAUCAAGGAUAUAGCAUGGAAACAGAAAACAGUUGUACACCAAUCUGCUCCAGAGGAUGUGAGAACGGAUUCUGUGAUGCCCCAGAAAAGUGUUCCUGCUAUGAUGGAUAUGAAAUGGACGGUGAAAACAGAUGUUCUCCAGUUUGCUCAGGUGGAUGCAAGAACGGAUUCUGUGUUGCCCCAGGAAAGUGUUCCUGUGAUGAAGGAUACAGCAUGGAAACAGAAAACAGUUGUACACCAAUCUGCUCCAGAGGAUGCGAGAACGGAUUCUGUGAUGCCCCAGAAAAGUGUUCCUGCAAUGAUGGAUAUGAAAUGGACGGUGAAAACAGAUGUUCUCCAAUUUGCCCAGGUGGAUGCAAGAACGGAUUCUGUGUUGCCCCAGGAAAGUGUUCCUGUGAUGAAGGAUACAGCAUGGAAACAGAAAACAGAUGUACACCAAUCUGCUCCAGAGGAUGCGAGAACGGAUUCUGUGAUGCCCCAGAAAAGUGUUCCUGCAAUGAUGGAUAUGAAAUGGACGGUGAAAACAGAUGUUCUCCAAUUUGCCCAGGUGGAUGCAAGAACGGUUUCUGUGUUGCCCCAGGAAAGUGUUCCUGCAAUGAAGGAUACAGCAAUGAAACGGAAAUCAGUUGUGCACCUUUUUGUAAGGACGGAUGUGUCAACGGGCUUUGUGUUUCUCCAGAUGUUUGCAAGUGCGAUGACGGAUAUAUUUUUGUUGAAGAAAGUAAAAGUUGCCAGCUUGAGAGGAAGCUACAUGGGCAUUCAGAUUGUGAUCAGAACUGCCGAAAUGGAACCUGCGUCGAAGGAACAUGUACUUGCAGUGAAGAAUAUAAGCUGCACAGGAAUGAGGACGACAACAAUUUGAUCUGUCUUCCGAUUUGCGAGCCCGAGUGCCUCAAUGGAUUCUGCGAAUUUCCGGGGUCUUGUGUCUGCUGGGAUGGUGAGAGUCCGAUAGAUGGAUACUCAUGCCAAUCUAUGGAUUCAAUUGGGUCCCUUACACGCCAGGAAAAGAAUUUAAGACACUUGAAGUGGGUAUUUAUAACGAUUGGUGCAAUGGCCUUCAUCUUGGCUAUAAUAGUCGCCAUGCUGAUGACCUAUAUAUUUAAGAAACGCUCGUAUCACGUGGACAAGAAUGAGAGGGAGUUCGGUGUAUAUUUCUCUCCCAAAAGGGUUGAUAUCAUUCGAGCCUGAGCUUCAACGGCAAGACAGCAAUAUUCUCAUUAUAUAAUAAAGCUUACUGAUAAAAUGAAAAA